GCAUAUCUUCUUCAGUCAUGUUCAAACUUCUUUAUUGCUAAACUAAAAACUAAAGUAGGGUUCGUGCUAAUCAUGUGACAUGCCAGGGACAAUAACCGUGAUUUCUUGAGUGGCAUCGUCUUCACUGGCGAGGAAGAGGUUUGUGGAACUAUGACAGGACAAGGCAUUGAGCGCAUACCAGACUCUCUCGGUUACCUGGUUCUGACAGAAGAGGGUGCUGUUGUUAGUUCAGGUGGUGAUUUGGAAAAUGACGAGAAUGUGGCCAACAAGAUCACCAAAAUGGUGUAUUCUGCUGUAAAGCUGGUCAACUUAAAUGACAGGAAAGACUCUUUUAAGAGACUUACAGUUGUGUUCGACAAUUUUCUGUAUGCAAUUACAAUCUCCAAUCACAAGAUCAUGAUCAGCAAGCGAAAAUAUGUUCCACAGGAUCCUGUAUCUGUGUGAAACUGCCAGAAGAUCACAGAAGUGUCUACAAAUUAAAAACCUUACCAUGGUUGUUUGAUUUUCUUCAUGAAAAAUUAGUAUCUGAUUAUGUCCUGCUUGUACAAAAGUUGAAAGGAAGUUUAGUGUGUAUAUAUAUAUACCUCUCUCUUUAUAUAUAUAUGUAUAUAAUGUGAGUGUAAGACAAGUGAAUGAAAUAAGACUACAUUUAUAAAUUAUAUCUUUUAUUAAAGUUUAUUUGUAUAGUUCUCAUUUAGUGUCUGAUCACCUGUGAAACUGUUAUUUUGUUAAAACUAUUGACCAAACUAAAUAAUGAAGAUUAACAGGUUCAUUGGUAUAAUGGAAGUUUAAGCUAGCUUUUGUUUUUGUGUGUGCACCUUUUUUUUUUCUUUUUUUUUUCCUUCGCAUGUAUGCACUUUCGUCUGUAUGCAUGUGUGUAAGAGAGAGAGAUAAUGCUAACCAGUUAUAUCAAAAUACAUUAAGCUUGCUGCUGGCAGGGAUAUGCACUAUAGAAGUUCUUAUUAUUGUUAUUCAUGAAAAGUUUAAAGCAACAUUAGGAGGUACUCAAUGAAGGUUAUGUUCAUUAAACUCUAAACCCAUCAAUCUUAAUAAAGCUCUUGUUUGGAUACACA